AUGCCACAAACUAUUGAACCGCGCCAAAUUGGUGUGCGAUACAAUCGGCCUGCUCUCUAUCUAAUAUACAACUUAGUUCCCAGUGAUAGGCUACGACGUAGAAAAAUACCACUGUGGGAUAUUGACGAGGCUGUCGAUAUUCAUACGCGUCAGUUGGAUUUUGACAAGAUAACUAACGAUGUAAUCAGUAGACACAAGAUGUACCUACAAAACUGUAAUCAAAACCAGAUUCGAUUCUUAAUUGAGAUGGUUUGCAAGCAUUACAAGAUUGACUGUAGACCAAAGGCUAAAGAGUUUUCUAUACCCAGACCCCUUCAACCCCAACCCUUACAGCAUACACCGCCUUUAGAUAUUGUUUCUUCAAGUAAAACAACGUACACUAUAGAGACUCCAAAGUGUGCUGAUGUAUCAGAAAAGUCGCAGCAAAAACCAAUACUUGCAGAUAAUAAUCAAUUUCAAAACGCCCAAGCAUUUCUCUCUACUGCAGGAAAAAUGUCGGGAGAGCUCGAUUCAAGUUUAAAAGUAUCUUUGGCGAUGCCCAGUAGUAUCGACAGCACUCGGCCGGCUGAAAAAAGUUCAACUUUCCCGUUGCCCCCAUCUCAAACCCACUCAACUAGUAAUGGACUAGUAGAUCUCAACAAAUUAAAUGAUGCGGAGCUAUUCGCAAUCAAGACGACAAUGGAGUCUGAUUUUUCAAAAAAUCAAAUCAGAAAAGAGGACAAAAAGUUUCAAUACGAUAUCAAGAAAAGUUUUGGGCCUGCGGUUGAAAAAAGUGACUGGGACUCGGACUCUGAAGACGAUGCUACAAGUACUAAACCCAUUACUACAAAUAUUAUGGGAUCUAUAGAUUCAACACCGACGUCUCGAUUGGAAGCGAUUCCAACUGUGCAUGAGAAUAAGAUGGCAGUUUCCAAAAGUACAUUUCCCGAUAUUCCGAAAAAAACAUUUUUGAAGGAAUCCGUAUCUAAAAGGAACCAAGAAAUAGAUGGCAAUUCUUUUAGCUCUGACUCUGAUGAGGACGAUAUUGAUGCACUACUCAAUGCACUUGAUUCUACUACCGAUACAAAGCCUCGUGUUCAAGAUAAAUCAGCAGUCAGUGCUUCAGAAGCAUCUAUUUCUGAAAGAUAUCGAUUGCUUAACGAGCCCACCAAAAUAUGUUCAAGCAGUACAAUAGAGAAACUGCCAAUAGACACUAAAAAUAUCUUUCAAACAGAAAUCCACAACUCAACCUUAUCAGCAGUGAAGUCAUCCAUACCUCAAGCUGCAGUCGUGUUUGCCUCGCCAAGUUUUGUAGAAAAACAAAACAGCUCCGAGACCAGUAUUAUUCAUAGUCAUGACAAACUCUCACCAGUAGAUACCAGUAAAUUAGCUAUUUUAAAAAAUCAGAAUCCCGUAUCGGCCCAAUCACAUCUAGAGAAUCUUCCACCAUUAAGUGGAAAUAACAUGGCUAUAAAGUCUUCACAUGAAAUUUUUCCAUCAUCGUUGACAAGUAUCAAUAAAAAAGAAGUCGCGCAUGCAGAUCCAGCAGCUUUACCGAGCAAAUUGCUGGAUAUCUCCUCUCAUCAAUCUGCACCACAGAAUAUGUCGGUUUCACAGUCAGACGCACCUAUAUCUUCAACCAAUGAAAAACCGUCGACUAUCUUAUCACACGCUAAUUCACCAGCACCACCAGAUGAUAUAGAUGAAAUUUUUGAAGAUUUUGAGAUGCAUAGUGAUGAUGACGACUUUUUUACAUCCUCUACUAAAACCAUCAACCCAGCAACUAAUCCGGUAGCUCCAAAAGCAACUUCAACUCAGCAAUCUGUCCCACAAAGCGCAUCUUUUCAAUCCAAAGAUCCAGCAAGCCUUACCAACAGCAGUUUGAUACUUCAAAAUGAAAAGCCGAGUAUGAAUGUGAGAUUGCAAGAAUUGUCUGAAAGUAAGCCGUCCAAUCAGGCAUCAAACCAAAUUCCACAUCAGCAAGUAAUAGACAAGAAUAAAUCUAUGUUGGUCCCUAUAACAGACUCGCCCAACAAGUCUUCAUUUCUAGCGGAUCUGCCUGUUUUUUCUAAACGGCCUGUAACUGAAACAGCGACUGGACUUCAGACACCCAACAUAGCUGUUGCAGAGUCGACACCACCCAAAUCACGUAUCGUAGAGUUCAAAAACGACGAUAUCGAUGAAUAUGGAGCAGGACACACUGAUGAUGAGUUUGAAAACGAUGCUGACAUAGUAUUUUCUGAUGACGAAUCUUUAUCCAAUAGCCGUCCGAUAUCAAGAAAAAACGAAUACCAUCUGGGCAGUUUGAGUGAUGAUGACGAUUUAUUUUAA